UGUAGACUGUAGUCAUACAGAGAACUCCGAAAUUCCGAAUCAGAAGUGUCGAUUCCUCCACUGCUCUCACCCUCCGAACUUCCAGAGUCAAACUAUCGACGCGGAUAGCAGGUGAUUCUUAAUUGAACACAAAAGAAAUAAUGCCCCGAAGGUCCACCACUUCUUCAUCAACGUCAAAGCCAUUGUUAAAUCCUGAAACGGUUGAUUCAACUACAGUUGAUAAGGCCCUCUAUUUAAAUGAACGUGGAGAAAGCCCAAAAAGGUCGGCAUUUUUAUGGCUGGCCUUGUUUGCAGUGAUCCUUAAUUGCUCUUGGGGUGUUCAUUAUUAUCAGUUUGAAAAUAUGCCUAGGUCUCUUAAUGCCAACCAGGCAGGCAAAAGGGGUUUUUCAGAGCAACAGGCCAUGGAGCAUGUCAAGGCUUUGACUGAACUAGGUCCUCAUCCUGUUGGUUCUGAUGCUCUCGAUCUUGCACUGCAGCAUGUUUUGGCCGCAUCAGAAGAGAUUAAGAAAAUGGCACACUGGGAGGUUGAUGUUCAAGUUGAUAUCUUCCAUGCAAAAUCUGGUGCAAAUCGUCUUGUCAGUGGCUUGUUUAAGGGGAAAACACUUUUGUAUUCAGAUCUUAAACAUGUGGUCUUGCGAAUCUUGCCAAAAUAUGGAUCAGAAGCAGAAGAAAAUGCAAUUCUGGUUUCUUCUCACAUUGAUACUGUUUUCUCAACGGAAGGAGCUGGUGAUUGCAGUUCAUGUGUUGCUGUUAUGUUGGAACUUGCCCGGGGGAUUUCUCAAUGGGCUCAUGGAUUUAAAAAUGCUGUUAUAUUUUUGUUUAACACUGGGGAAGAGGAGGGUCUUAAUGGUGCUCAUAGUUUUAUAACACAGCAUCCUUGGAGGCAUACCAUUCGUUUGGCUAUUGAUUUAGAGGCAAUGGGCAUUGGGGGGAAAUCCAGCAUAUUUCAGGGUGGUCCUGAUCCUUUGGCUAUUGAAAACUUCGCGAAGGUUGCAAAGUAUCCAUCUGGACAGAUCAUUGCACAGGAUCUGUUUCUUUCUGGACUCGUAAAGUCCGCAACGGAUUUCCAAGUGUACAAAGAAGUUGCUGGUCUUUCUGGGCUUGAUUUUGCAUAUGGAGAUGCUGGUGCAGUGUAUCACACAAAGGCCUUUGAUGAUUCGACAACGCAGAAUGACAAAUUGAAGCUUUUGAAACCUGGAUCUCUUCAGCACCUUGGAGAAAAUAUGCUUGCUUUUCUGCUUCAGAUUGCUAGGUCAUCUGAUCUUGUGAAUGGCACAGCUAUGCAAACCCGAGAAGAUAAUGACCAUGCUAUAUUUUUUGAUAUUCUGGGAACUUACAUGGUUGUGUACCGUCAACGUCUUGCAAGUAUGCUCCAAAAUUCAGUGAUAAUGCAGGCGCUUCUAAUCUGGACAAUGUCAUUGCUUAUGGGUGGUUUUCCAGCUGCAGCAUCAUUGGGUUUAUCAUGUUUGAGUGUUCUUCUGAUGUGGAUAUUUUCACUAAGUUUCUCUAUUCUUGUUGCCUUCCUUCUACCACUCAUUUGUUCUUCACCAGUUCCCUAUAUUGCAAAUCCAUGGUUAAUCAUUGGCUUAUUUGUUGCACCUGCUGUUCUUGGGGCCUUAACUGGUCAACAUGUGGGUUUUCGCAUUCUUCAAAAGUACCUUCAGCAUGCUUCAUCCAAGGGAGGGCAGAAGAGAUCGCAUGUUGUUCAGGCUGAAUUGAUCAAAUUGGAAACCGAAAGGUGGCUCUUUAAAGCUGGUUUUGUCCAGUGGCUUGUUCUUCUGAUGGUGGGAAGUUUUUAUAAAAUUGGAUCUUCUUAUUUAGCUCUUGUUUGGUUAGUCUCACCUGCUUUUGCAUAUGGGUUGAUUGAAGCAACAUUAUCUCCUGUCCGAUCACCAAAGCCCCUCAAAAUUGCAACCUUACUGCUGGGUUUGACUGUUCCUGUUUUAGUUUCUGCUGGUAUAUUUAUUCGGUUGGUAGCCACCAUGACUGGGAUGAUGGUUCGAUUUGAUAGGAACCCCGGUAGCACACCUGAGUGGCUUGGAAGCAUAAUGGUUGCUGUACUUGUUGCUGCUAUUAUUUGUCUUACAUUGGUUUAUCUUUUUUCAUAUGUUCACCUUUCAGGUGCAAAAAGAUCAUUUGUGUAUGCAAAUUGUGCUCUGUUCUGCCUUGCACUCACUGCAGUAGUGUCUGGAAUUGUACCACCAUUUACUGAAGAUGUUGCUCGAGCUGUGAAUGUUGUGCAUGUUGUGGAAACAACAGGAAGAUAUGGUGAAAACAGAAGCCCUGUCUCAUAUAUUUCUCUUUUCUCUACAACUCCUGGAAAAUUGACAAAAGAGGUUGAAUAUCUCAAAGAAGAAGGAUUUACUUGUGGAAGAGAAAAGACACUCGAUUUUGUUACUUUCACUGUCAACUAUGGUUGCUGGAGUUCUGAGGAUACUGAAAGUGGAUGGAUGGAAUCAGAUAUUCCAACUCUCAAAGUUGAAAAUGACAAGAGGGGCAAUAACAGGAUCACACAGAUUUCAAUUGAUACAAAAGAUUCUACCCGCUGGUCCCUUGCAAUCAAUACUGAAGAGAUUGAAGACUUUAUAUUUGAAGGGAAUUCAGAGGAGCUGGUUCCAGUAGGCAACAAGAAUGGAGUUAAUGGAUGGCACAUCAUUCAGUUUUCAGGAGGGAAAAUUUCCCCAAGAAUGUUCAAUGUGACUCUCUUCUGGUUAAACAAUUCUACCCGGUUAACUAACAAGUCAGAUACAGAGAAAAAGGACCCGUAUCUCCUAAAAUUAAGAACAGAUGUAGACAGAUUAACUCCGAAAGCUAAAAGAAUACUCAUGAAGCUCCCUCCUUGGUGUUCCCUGUUUGGUAAGUCAACUUCUCCUCACACUUUAGCUUUCUUAAGUAAACUCCCUGUUGAUUUUUAGGCCCUUUAAAAUUUUCUAUAUUGAAAAUGUAUGUUUAGAGUUGACAGAACAUAAAGAGCCCACGAUGUCCUUCACAAGUGAUGAUCUCAAAAUCUCUAAUACUGUAAAAGAUCGGACUCAGUUUGUCUCUUUCUAUUUGAUAACGAAAGACAUGUGGUUUACUUCAUUGCUCUCUCUGUAACACUUAGCUGUAAUUACAGUGCAUAGAACUCAUUGCGAACACA